GGGGGGAAAAACAAGUGUGUGGAGCCAAGAAACAGUUCUGACCUCAGUUACUGGAAUUAAGCAAGGUGCAGUUUUAAAGAGUUUCUAAAGUGUGGGUGACCACGACAAGAUGAACACCACUGACCCAGGCUCCGACUUCACCUUUACCUCCAACACAGAAAAUGUGACUCUGUCCAACCUGACAACCAUCACCAUCUCUCCUACCACCUCACAGCCUCCAUCCUAUUCUUCAGACCACUACGACCCAGAAUUCACCAUCAUGGUAGUCCUUGGCUUAUCGCUGUUGCUGGCAGGGUUAGCGGUCUUCCUGGCAGUGUGCCGACCCUCAGAUCAGGAUGGAGAUUCAGAGGCGAGCUGUGGCCCAGGAGAGAGCUUGACCCGCGGGAGAAGCCAAUCCAGCGAGCCCCAGCUCAAAGUGUGGAAGAGGCUGGGCUCAUAUCGACGUUCAUACAACCUCUCCUUCAGACGUCCACCCUAUCGCAGACCGCACGAGCAUGAGAGCACACAUGCCUCCCAAUCUCCGAUCCAACAGACACCGCAGCCAGAGGCCAGUGUGGAAACCCACCUCACUAUGCCUUGUCUAUUUGACUAUGUCACCGAAAUCUGA